AUGAAUCAGGCUUCACGUGUAUAUGUUAAUAGUGAUGAUUAUUCGUUCAUAAGGGUACCAGAUCUAACUUUUACGAGCGUGCAAGACCAAUUAUUGUUUACAUGUAGUAAUUGUUUAGGUGGAUAUAUCAAUAUAAAUGAACCAGAAAGUAAUCAAGAUUCUCAAUUCUCUCAAAUUGAUUCAAAAACAAUAGUUAUUCAACCACCAUUACCUACAAAUGUAAUAGUUCACGAAGAUUCAGCUCAAUAUUCAACUUUCAGUAAUAAUACUAUUAUAGUUAGUGCUGAUUUUUUAAUGGAUAAAUACAAUGGUUUUGAUAAUAUCGAUUUCCAAUUUAAAUUUGAUAAUGGUAUAAUUUAUUCAGCAAAUAAACAACUUUUAUCUAAAUCGGUUCAAAACUAUAAAUAUCAAAUAAAUGCACCAUUUGCAUAUGGAUCUGGUAAUUUUAGUGCAUUUGUUACUUUUGAAAAUAGUAAUAAGUCAAUAACAAAUUCGAUCCCAUUCUAUUAUCCAACAAAACCAAUAAUCACUUCAAUGUCAUCAAUCAAGGAUCAAGAACUUAUAAUAAGAGGUGAUGGUUUCUUUGGUGUAAAAAUAGUUGCUUCUUUUAAAACAAUUGAUCGAAUUACUGUCGAAUGUGAAUAUAAAACUUAUAACCAAGAUACAAAUAGAAAAUUUUAUUGUCAGUUUAAUCAUAUGUCCUAUUACAUACAAUAUUCCCCAGAUGAUCCAAUUACAAUUCAAUUAAGAAAUAAUGGUGAAUUAAAUUCCAAAUUUGAACCAGCUUAUACCCAAACCUUUUUUUAUGAUUCAAAAUCUAAUUCAGAAAUGUUAAACAAUGAUAUUAGUUUACAUUCAGUUUUCUCCAAAUUACUUGUAACUCUUUUUAUUCUAAUAUCAAUAUUGCUUCAAUAA